CAUCAUAUUCUACGCGACUACGCCAUGUUUUACAAGCAAGUGAGCAACUACUCAAUAAAGGCUGCUUUACUUUCUAUCACAGAGCACCUCUGCUCGUAACUCCCUUUCUCUCUCUCCUGCCUUUUGGAAAGAAAUUCCAUCUUCUUCUUUGCUCUACGACACCUCAAAAACUUCAAUGGCGGAAGAGAGAGAAAUUCGAACUCCUCUUCUCCAAAAUUCAUCAUCCUCAACUCCAGAAAUUCAAAGAGACAUUGAAGAAGAGAUUGUUCUUUCUGUACCUCAUCAAGAAAGAAAUUCUGUCUUAGCAUCAUCACCGUCAAUUCCUCUUCAGAAACAACGGCUCGUUUCCCUUGAUGUCUUUCGUGGUCUCACCAUCGCACUUAUGAUUUUGGCUGAUGAUGCCGGUGGAGCUUUUCCAUCUAUAAACCAUUCUCCUUGGUUUGGUGUGACGAUAGCAGAUUUUGUGAUGCCAUUUUUCCUCUUUGUCGUUGGUGUUUCCAUUGGUCUGGUAUUCAAGAAAGUUCAAAGCAAGUCCACAGCAAUAAAAAAAGUCAUUGUAAGGUCAAUCAAGCUCUUCCUUAUGGGGAUCUUCUUGCAAGGUGGAUUCUUUCAUGGACGGAAAAAAUUGACAUAUGGUGUUGAUUUGGGGAAGAUACGUUGGCUAGGUGUACUACAGAGGAUAUCAAUUGGAUAUCUCUGGGCUUCAGUCUCUGAAAUUUGGCUUGCCAAUAAUUUGGUGGUGGAUUCACAUGUGGCAUUUGUGCGGAGAUACUGGAUCCAAUGGAUGGUAACUAUGCUGCUUUGCGUAAUUUAUGUUUGCUUGCUUUAUGGACUUAAAGUUCCAAGCUGGGAGUACGUACUUAAUGGGGAUAAUUUGACAAUGUUGGCUUCAAGUGCUCAGAGUGUUCAAUGUGGAAUAAGGGGCAGUCUUGAUCCUCCUUGCAAUACAGUUGGCUUCAUUGACAGACUUUUACUUGGUGAAAGCCAUUUGUACCAGCAUCCUGUAUACAGAAGAGUGAAGGAAUGUAGUGUAAAUUCUCCGGACUAUGGACCUUUGCCACCAAAUUCACCUGGAUGGUGCCUUGCUCCUUUUGAUCCAGAGGGCAUAUUAAGCUCAUUAAUGGCUGCUGUUACAUGUUUUGUGGGACUGCAUUUUGGACAAAUAAUUGCACAUUUCAAGGAUCACAUGCAGAGGAUGUUCUUGUGGUCGGUAACUACUUUCUCUCUUUUGAUCUCAGGGUAUGUUCUGCUGGCUUUAGGAAUGCCGCUUUCUAAACCACUUUACACGCUAAGCUAUAUGUGUAUUACGGCUGGUGCUUCAGGCCUCAUCUUUGCCAUUGUCUAUUAUCUUGUUGAUGUGAAACAUAUUAGAAAGCCUGUAAUGUUAUUUCAAUGGAUGGGGAUGAAUGCUCUUAUCAUCUAUGCUCUGGCUGCUUGUGAAAUAUUUACUGGAGCUCUGCAGGGAUUCUAUUGGGGCUCGCCUGAUAAUAACUUGGUUGAUGGGACAGAAAUGUUUUUGCAAGAUGCAUUACGUUCAAAGAAUUGGGGUACCUUAGCCUUUGUUUUACUUGAGAUUUUAUUUUGGGGCUUCGUUGCUGGUUUACUUCACAUGAAGAGCAUUUAUGUGAAACUAUAGCAUCGAAUAUGGCACUUACAAUCUCGGAUAUUACGUUCAGUCAAAGUACUAGAUUUAAGACAGUAAGGUGUCAAGAAAGAGGCCUUGGGAAGCGAUUGUUUCCUUUUUUUGUAUAUAGCUCUUGUUUCAGAGUUCAGGCAACUGUACAGAAAUCUCUAAAUUGUAUAUAAAGAUUGCUUGGAAUCAAACAUACAUAGGAAUGGUGACGUUAUACUGUGCAAUGAAGUGCACAAAAAUUGGCUUUAUGUGCGUCUUCAAAUGUAUCACACAGGCCUGUGAUGCCCAUGCUAGAGGCGUAUGAUAUAAGAUUUACCCCAAUUGUGAGGUCUUUUUCUUCA